AUGCGGCGAGAGCUAUUCUUGCGCAUUGUUAAAGUGUUGGCAGCGUGUUACCCGCGCUUCCAAAGUCGUUGGGACGCCGACGGCAAGCUCAGAUUGUUGCCGCUGCAUAAGUGCACGACUGUAAUUAGGCAGAUGGUCUACGAAGGAGCGACCGAUAUGUUCGAUGAGUAUCUUCACGUCGUCAACACGACUGGUCACGAGUGUCUGAAGAAGUACUGUAAAGGCGUGAUUCAGAUAUUCAGCCCCACCUAUUUGCGAAAGCAGAUGCAUAAGAUUGUAGGUCAUGCACGAGGUGGUGCACGACUUUUCGAGGAUGCUGAGAAACAUAGAUUAUACAUUGAAUUCGUCAUGGGAUUACCACCUCGUGUUGUUGCAUCACCCCAUCGAUACAACUACACCCCUUAUACUUUUCAACUAAAUAACUGA